UUUAUCGCCGUUGUAUCUCGGGAAGGGAUAAAUGCAAGCAAGGGGGCCGAGACUGGAGGGCUGCGUGAAACUGGGCUGCAGGUCUCCUGAUGGAGGGCGGACCGUGCGACUGGCUGUAGCUUUCUGUUUCCCCUCCUCAGCAUGCGCUUGUUUCUAGAGGAGAAGGCUGGUGCGGAGAGAAAAGCGCUCGGGAGCACUCGGUAAAUAUCAGUGUGCGCUCUGCGGCGGCGGCGGCGGCGGGGAGCGGGAAGGCGACGCUUGGAAAUUAAACUUUUUCUCUGCGCGCAGUGGACUGAUCAAAGUUUUGAGAAGAAAAAGCACAUCACAGGAGUGAGUUAUUUCUGUGCUUUUUUUUUUGUUUUGUUUUGGUGACUGGAAAGUGAACUGAGAGCGGCUGUCCCGUGGAAGUGGGGCAGCAUGGUGCAGAAGAUGAGCCACACUGAAAGCACCGCGGAGGCGCUGUCAUUCUUCGCCGGGGACUCGAGCUCCGGCGCCGGCAUGGACCUGGACCCGGCCGCCUCGCCGCUGUCCCCCGGUGCCUCCGGAGACAACCCGGCCUGGUGUAAAACCCCCAGCGGCCACAUCAAGAGACCCAUGAACGCCUUCAUGGUGUGGUCCCAGAUCGAGAGGAGGAAGAUCAUGGAGCAGUCUCCGGACAUGCACAACGCGGAGAUCUCCAAGCGUCUGGGGAAGCGGUGGAAGCUGCUGAGAGACGGCGACAAGAUCCCCUUCAUCCGGGAGGCGGAGCGGCUCAGACUCAAGCACAUGGCGGACUAUCCCGACUACAAGUACCGGCCCAGGAAGAAGGUGAAAUCCAGCGCCUCCAAGCCUGGCGGGGACAAGGCAGACAAGGUCAGCAGCAGCACCAGCAGCAGCAGCAAGUCCUCCUCAAGUUCGAGGAAGAGCGGAGCCAAAUCACCCAGCAGCGGCAGCAGCAGCAGCGGCGGCGGCAGCCGAGUCCACAAAUCACUUUUCGGGAGCACCACCAAAGCGUCACCCUGUGCCUCCGAGCACUCGCCAGAGCACCACAACUCGCUCUACAAGUCCAAGUCCACAGCCAAGCAGAUCCCGGAGGUGAAGAAGCCCAAGCGGGUCUACGUGUUCCCCAGCCCCGCGUCCUCGGUGGCGGUGCCCGCCAGCCCCACGCUCAGCAGCUCGGCGGACUCCAGCGACCCGCUCAGCCUGUACGAGGACGGCGGCGAGUCCCCGGGCAGCAGCAGCAGCAGCGGCAGCGGCGGCGGCGGCGGCGGCAGCAGCCUCGGCGGCGGCCACCUGUACGGCAGCCGGCGGGCUCCCUCCCCGUCCCCCUCCGGCUCCCACUCCUCCUUCGCCUCCUCUUCAUCCUCCUCGUCCUCCUCCUCCUCCUCGUCGGAGGACGACGAGGAAUUCGAGGACGACCUGCUCGACAUCAACCCGAGCCCCAGCUUCGACAGCAUGUCCCUGGGCAGCUUCGGCUCUGCGCCGCUGGACAGAGAUUUGGAUAUCAGCUUCGAGUCCGGGUCCGGGGGCUCGCACUUUGACUUCCCCGACUACUGCACGCCUGAGGUCAGCGAGAUGAUCUCGGGGGACUGGCUGGAGUCCACCAUCUCCAACCUGGUCUUCACCUACUGAGAGCCACCGCAGGUCCCGAGUCCUGCGAGCGCAGACGCAGGUUUGCCGGCUCAGAUUGUGUUUGGCCGAGAGCUCGACUGACAGACAGUACGCGGCGUUUUGCCCCGCUCCUCUCUGGGUCCGCGGGCCGGGUGGGACCCGCGCCCGUCCGCCGCCAGGUGCGGAGCAGAGAAGGAGGGCUCCUGCUCCCAGUCUGGGCCUGGUUCUGAUACUUAACUGUGAUUGAUUUGCACGUAACGCGGUCCGCCGUUCACUUAAUCAAUGUGGUCGCUGUUUUGAAAACAAAACAAAAAGGGACAUUUCACAACUUUUUAACCAGUUGCCAAGUGAAUUUCACCACUGAAGGUACAGAGACCGGACAUUUUCUACAGUGGUGGAUUUUUUUACAUGCUGAAGCCCAGCUGUGGUGUUGUUUUCUAACGUGGGGAUCUUUUCUCCAGAGCAAAAAACGGACUUGUCCAGCAUGAUGGCUUCCUUCGUGUCCAGUGCUGAGAUCUUCUGUCAGGCUGUUUUCCAGACUAGUGUUAGGGUUAUUUAUAGGUGGCGUCUGCUUCGGUUCUUUUCCAAACAAAAAUGAAAUAAUCACCAGCUGUUGUAAUGUUUUCAAACUUCAGGAUUCAACUUCAAGCCUGUGCUGAACUUUAUAUAUCUUCUCUUCGAUUCAGGACCAAAACUCCUUAACGUUUCUGUCAGAUACUAGCGAUACUAGCGAGACCCACUUUUUUCACCCUCUGAGUUUUCCUACCUGUCUCCAGAUGCCAUUUUAUAUGGAGUGUGCUGUUUCUAUACUGGGCCAAGCUUCUUUUCCUUAUUUUGGUUUUGGUUUCUUUCUCCACAAUCUAGUCCUGUUGUUUUGUUUGUCAGUAUGUCUGUCACAUUUUCUUCUCAGGCGAAGGGCUAGAGUUUUAAGAACACACAAGUUGGGUUUGUUUUUUAUAUUUAAAUGUACACACUUUUUUGAACACUUACAAGAGAGGAAACAGUUUGAUUAUUUUCUCAGUGUAUUUUUGUACAAAUCUAUAUAGAAAAUUGGGAAAUCAACAAUCGGUUUGUGUAGCCUACUAAUACAACUGUAUUGCGUUUCCUAAUUUAAAAAAAAAAAAAAAAAACCUCGGCUGGCUGGUUUUCAUGCUGCCUUCAGGUGCUCACGGUGAGCUCGUAUUUAUUAGUUUCAACCAGCGAAAACGGACCAUGUGACACUGUGGUGGUCUUCUUUUAUUUUUUGUUUUAAAGAAAGAGUUGAAAAGCACCAAAACUACUGUUCAGUGAAUUGAGCUAACCCGAGUCAGGUGUGUAAUUGAUGUGUAAUUUGUCCAAAUGACACGAUUUCUAUGAAGAUUAAAUUAGUCUGAUUGUGUUAGACUUCCACCAGCAGAAACUGACAAAGUCUUCUUUAGUGUUCACUUCGUGAACGUUUCCAGUUGUCAGUUUAGGCGUGGGAUCCUCCACCAUCCAGGCUUCUGGAUGCGAUAGCGACUUUUCCCAGCAGCACUUGAACGCAGCACCAGUCUCUGCACCACAGCCUCUGUUUACAGUGCCACUCCGCGGGCUCCUUCAAGACACAGGACCACCUGAGGACCAGGGGUCACUCCUGUGGAGCCUGUGGGUCUCCAACAGCUUGCUCUCGAAAGCGACCACUCCUUUUAACACAUUUCACGUCUGAUCUUUUGCCUAUGACAACAAACGAUGAGAUUGUAGCUUUAAAAAUUGGACGUGUUUAUUGAUGUUUUUUUUUUUUUUUUUCCACCAACUGAUGUCAAAAUCCAACAGGCUUAUCAAUACGGAGGACGAGAACAUCGAGCAUAUUCAAAUUCCUGACUUGAGUUCCGCAAACACAUACUUGUACUGCGUUUCUCAUUGUAUUUGAAUAUUAUACUCUUUUCUACUUCGUCGGCUGACUAUUAGAUGAUAAUUGUUUUAGUAUCUUUAUGGCAUGGUGAAUAGCAUUUGUAUUUCCGAUUCAGGUUAUUAGCUGUUGUGUUUUUCCAGGAAAAAAAAAAAAAGAAAAAUGGAGGAGUCAUGAUGAACUUUGUAUAUUUGACUGUAUCAUAAAGCAAAAAGAUUGUGUGUUUAUGUACGUUGUUGCUCUCGAGGACAGGCACUGUCUAGAACUGCUAUCUUUUACACAUCCUUACUUACAUUUAAGGUGGUCAGUUCUGGACUCUUUUUUAUAAUAUAUAUAUAUGAAAGCAUUUUUAAAUAUAUUAACUUUAUUUUUCAUCCAUCCUGUGCAAUAUGCUGUGUAGAAUUAUCAUUUAUUUGUCUCUAAUCAUGCCAUACACAAAGGAAAACCGCCUUUUUUGAGACUCAGCGAAAGGGGGGAGAUUUCAUGCCAGCUAAAUUGUGUCCAUUCACUGCCUGUCAGAUUGUUGAUAUAAACUUGUGUACAGAACUUUUUCAAGGAAGGAAAUAAAUAUCAGCUGGAACUGAAA